AUGAAGGCAAUCUACAAUAUUUUUAUGAAAAGAACAUCCACAUAUGCUGUUGCCAUCAUGGGCUCAGUAUUCUUCUUCGAACGAGGCUUCGAUGUCUUCGCUGAUACUCUUUUUGAGAGCACUAACAAAGGGAAACUGUGGAAGGAUAUUAGAGCAAAUUACGAGUCAUAA